CCAAUAUGUAAACUACGCUCCUACUAUUAUAAAAAUGUAAUUGUCUCUCCUAUUAGCAUCAAAGAGCCACAAUCAGACAAGGAACUCAAUGAAAGGUGGGAAGUGAAAAGCCGGCUACCUAUCGUUUAGAGAAUUGGCGGGAGACAAAGAGUCCACAGGUAUAUAAGCAGCUUUGCUGAAGGAUGUUGGAAUUCGGAUUGCAUACCUAUGAAUUAAAGAACAUUGUGAAUAUAACUACUACAAAGUCUACAACAUGACCUCUAACACGUCUUCGCACAACGCUGGGAUCCAGAAGAACACCUGGCAGGAGCAGGAUAGACGAGUACUUCUACCUUGGAUGGACGACCCCGAAGAGAUUAAAAACGAAGUCCGACUUGUCUACAAACAGAAACUACCGCAUCUGGAUGCGGUCGCAGGCGAGCUAGCAUCUCUCCUCGGCCUCGGCGACAGCUUGAUAGCCAAGCAGCGGAUGCAGAACCUAUUUACACACCCGGCCCUUCUCGACGCCUUCGUCGAGUUCGCCGAGACGUAUCUCGAGGGAGAAUGGGACCUUCCGGUCGGCGAAUGGGUAGCGGUGCACAAGCUCGCGCACGCCCACGCCAACGACGCCAGCUGGGGUUCGGACGCGCCUCCGCCCAGCAGAGAGGAUUGGACCGUCAACCAUUUCUACGCCCGCUUCAUACUCCGGACGCUGGCAAGGCUUAGGAACCCGGACGACGCGCCGAGAAACCUUGCGUAUUGGCUCGGGGAGGCUAACCCGUGCGACGCGGCGUGGCUGCUCAUGCACGUCCUGAUGUAUAUGCAGUGGGACGCGAUGCGGGACUAUAAAAAACACGCUCCUGUGAAGGACCGUAUUAACCAUUUUGUUAAUAUGUGGAAGGCGGACGUGGCGUAUAGAGAACCUAGUAACUAAUUAAUGCGUCUCGACUCUUUUGAUAAUAAUGGAAAUGUAGUAACUAGGUGCGUUAGCUUUUAGAUUCGAUACUAUAAACUGAUUAUACCAUCUAAAAUCUAAAUCAACUCUUGAUCUCAUAUUUCGGUGGUGAGUGUGAGUGUUGAAGACUAUUCUCAAUUUGUUCUUUAUGAAAUCGGUAGUUAGUACAUAGGUAACGUGAUACAGCAAAUAAGCUUAACUCUGAGUAACAUUGAAACUGCUUCGGGUUUCUUGAUGGUUCCAGUUGGCUUAAUCUCUGACUCGCAAUAGGCUUAUUUAGUUAACAUUAAAGAAAAGAGGAGGGCAAACGCAGAGUCAAACGAAGAGAGUCAUGUAUGUACAUAUGUAAAGCCAACUUACUAUGUAGCAAUGACUCGGAAUGAAAUAUUAUUUGUUGUCAGACCCUAGCUUCUAC